AUGUCCGAGCCUGAACGCCGCCGUAGAAGGCCAGCUGUAUCAUGCUCUGUCUGCAGAAAACGUAAAAUUCGAUGCAAUCGAGAGUUCCCCUGUAGUAACUGUGUGCGGUCCAAAAAUGACACUUGCGUGUAUGACGACAACCCACCUUUGCGACGGCGUCUUAGCCAUGGGGCGACCAAUUUCACUACACUCGGAGGCCCCCAAGGAGCUAUGAACGUGUGCAGAGAGCUACCACAUAUCAAUGCGAAUCACGAUGCUUCGGAAACGAAUUCAACAAGUGCCUCAACUCCUGCUAGUCAGCUAUCUGCCUCCGAUAUCGAAUCCAUGAAGCGAGAGAUCAGACGACUUGAAGAUGAGGUGUCUCAAUUAAUGCAAAGUGCUGCCCACUCUCCCGCUCUUACUUCCGACAUAGAAACAAUGGCGUCUUCUAUAAGUGGAACUUUCAACAUCCAACACGAGAAACGCCUUUUUGGCCAGGCUCAUGUUAGCCAACGCAGCGUCAUGCACAAAUCCCGUCUAUUCGGUCAAAGUCAUUGGAUUAACUCUGCUGCAUUGUUCCGCGACGUAUUCGAUAUGAUUAGAAUGAUGGAGCCACAUCUGCGAGAAGAUACCUCGAAAGUGUGUAUUGGCCUUCAACGGUGCAAAGCUUUGGCAAAAGUCAUCAAAAUGCGGCGAGAGCCACCGUGGCCCACACCGCCGACCUCGAAGGCCGACCUACCACCAAAAGAGCUUGCCGACAAGCUCGUCAGCUGCUAUCUCUGGACGACCGAAACGAUCUAUCGGAUUCUGCACGUUCCUACCUUCAGAAAAGACUACGAGGCGCUGUGGACAUCGGAAAAAGAGCCCGAUAACGCAUUCCUAGUUCAAGUCAAGCUAGUUCUCGCGAUCGGGGCCACCACGUACGAUGAACACUUCUCUUUACGCCAUUUGGCCAUCAAAUGGGUGUAUGAGGCACAAACCUGGUACUCAGAGCCCGAAUUCAAAUUACGAUUAAGCAUUCAGUCUCUGCAAACCACUCUCCUACUCUUGGUCGCUCGAGAAACAGUAGGUGUAGGUGGAACUAUGAUCUGGACUUCGGUUGGCGAGUUGCUCAGAACGGCUAUGUACAUGGGGUUGCACAGAGACCCCGUAUAUCUACCAAAGAGGACGGUUUUUGCUGCUGAGAUGCGAAGGAGGCUAUGGAAUACGAUUUUGGAGGUAGCAAUACAGUCUAGUAUGAGCUCCGGUGGACCUCCGCUUGUCUCUCUUGACGAUUUCAAUACCGAACCCCCUUCCAAUUUCGACGACGAGGAGCUCAUGGCUGAGAAUCCAGUGCCAAAACCAGAAGAGAACUUCACACAGAUGUCCAUCGCGAUAGCUCUCCGCAAGACACUUCCACUCCGCCUUGCGAUCACGAAGUUCUUGAACGAUCUUGGUUCUCGGGAUACAUAUGACGAAACCCUUCGACUGGAUAAUGAGUUCAGGGUACAAUACAAAACGCUCUGUCAAAACCUUCAAAGAAGCAGAAUGACCACCGGAAGCUCGCCCUCCUCGUUCGGAGUACGCGCGGUCGACUUUAUCAUGCGUCGCUACCUCUCGUCGCUUCAUGUUCCAUUCUUCGACCUAGGAUUGCGAGAAUCGACCUAUGCGUACUCCAGAAAAGUAAUCAUAGAGACUUCCCUCCAGCUGUGGUGUGCAGUGUACCCCUCCUCGUCCAUCAUGGCGUCUCGGCCUCGCAGUGACAGUGACACGACCCCUUCGGCUCAAGACGAUUUCACGCGCUUUCUGGUCUGUGGCUCCGGAUUCUUCCGCACCGUCGCUACCCAGGCUUGCUUUCUCAUAGCAGCGGAACUCAAGACGCAAUUGCAGGAGCAAGACAGUCUAGGCCCGGUGCCUCUGCGACCGGACCUUCUUUCCGUAGUAAAUGGCGGGAAAGCGUGGGCCCUGCAGUGCAUGGAGGCUGGAGAGAGCAACAUUAAGGGCUACUUGCUCGCGUGUUUGGCUGCUGCUCAUAUCGAUGGUCUUAUGAAAGGGCUCGAGAGGGACGAAUUGCCGCCCUUAUUACUUAAAGCUGCAGAAGAAGCAGAAGAACGCUGUUUGGUGAUAUUUGAGGAGAAGGUAGGGCCAGGUCAGACGGAGGGGGGGGCAGAUGUGCUCGAUGGGAUGACACUGGGCACGCCGAGUGGGCUGAUGGAUGGCUGGGACUUUAUGAUGUCAGACGACCAAUUCAGUUUCGGAAAUGCGGACCCAAUGAGCUGGGGGUUGAACGACGAGGCUAUGCAAGAGCCAUCACUUUGGUGA